UCCUUAGCCUGUGGAGCAGGGGCGUAGAGGCAGAAGCAGCCAAUGGAAAUUCGUGAGGGGCGGGGAAGACUCCUGCGGAGCGGAAGUGGGUCGCUUUGAGACGGCGGAGUCUUGCUUGAGCGGGUCUGCUCGGCGGCUCCCGAAGGUGCUGCCUAGGUCCAGCAGGUUGGCGACAGUGACUAGUUUUGUUGCUGCUACCGGGGAUCGAACUUAGGACCUCGCACUUGCCAGGCAGAACUUCAAGAUACUGGAAAUCUGCCUGGCUCCAAAUUCUCUGUAAGCUGGAAGAUGAGUAACCAGUGGGCAUGAGAGGCUGAGAACAUUAGACUUCACUGUAAACCUCGGUGUAGAUUGCUUCCUUUUCUGUAGUUUGGAGCCAGAGAGCACAAUGAGUACAAGAAAGCGACGCAGUGGAACAGUAAAUUCUAGACAAGCCCAGAAGAGAACUCGGGAAGCAGGCUCCACCCCUGAGAUUGCCUUGGAAGCAGAACCCAUAGAACUCGUGGAAACGGCUGGAGACGAAAUCGUGGACCUCACGUGUGAAUCACUAGAGCCCGUGGUUGUUGACCUGACUCACAAUGACUCGGUCGUGAUCAUUGAAGAGAGAAGGCGGCCAAGGAGGACUGCAAGGAGGCUGCGCCAGGACCACACUGACAGCUGUGUGGUGAGCAGUGACGAUGAGGAGCUGUCCAGGGACAGGGAUGUGUACGUCACCACUCAUGCUCCCAGAAAUGCCCGGGAUGAUGGCACCACAGGCCUGAGGCCUUCUGGCACCGUCAGCUGUCCCAUCUGCAUGGAUGGAUAUUCAGAGAUUGUGCAGAAUGGGCGUCUCAUUGUCUCCACAGAGUGUGGCCACGUCUUCUGUAGCCAGUGCCUCCGUGACUCACUGAAGAAUGCCAACACUUGCCCGACUUGUAGGAAGAAGAUCAGCCACAAACGGUACCACCCCAUUUAUAUAUGAAGAGCUGAGAGCCGAAUGGAUGGACAGACAGCCUGGCUGGGCUCUCUGCAUGCUAAUGCCUCCAGUUUCCUGAGCGCAACAAGACUGUUUCAAAACCAACUUCUGAUAUGUAAACUGCUCUUUCCUUCCCCACCCUCUUAGAUCCUUUGUUAUUGAGAGUUUAUGCUGUGGAGCUGCAUCCAGAGGUGCUCCAGGCCCAGCUCCUCACCUCUGCUCCUCUGGGCUAGGCUGGUCCCAAAGUAGGAGCAAGGAUAGUAGGGCACAGUAGAGCUUGAGGUCUAGGGUCCGGCCUUUGUGGAGUCUGCUCUGUGCCAAGAAGUUUCCCUGUUGGCACACCCAGCCUCCCAGGAGCACGCCCUUCCCAGGCAUCGGGAAGUCCCCCAUCUCGCCUGCUUGCCACCCGGGGCUCAAGCUAGACCUGGCCCACUUGGCCCAAG